AUGUCUAACUGUAACACUACUCAAGAGACUCUGGAAAUAAUGAAAGAAUCAGAAGAAAAACUGCUGGCAGAAUCUUUAAACAAAAAUAAAUUUAUAUCCAAAACAACAAGUAAGGAAGAAGUAGAGAAGGAGGGUGAUGAGAACAGUCUUUGUCAGAAGACACAGAUACAGACAUCCAGUCAUGGCUACGACAGGAAAAAAGCCAAGCCUAAUUCCAAGCUCAAGGUGGUAUGCAAGACUGCAGUGUGUAAAGAAUCCUCCACUCCAUUUGUUGAUGGGUCACUAGACACCCAGGAUAUAAUUCAACUUCACAUCAGCUGCCCCUCUGAUGAGGAGGAAGAAAAGUCCACAAAAGAUGACUCUGAAAAGGAAGAUAAGGACAAAAGCAAAAACAAGGUCAUGAAGAAGAUGCUAUCUAGAGACUCCAACCAAGAAUAUACUGACUCCACUGGAAUAGAUCUACAUGCAUUUCUUGUAAGUACACUUAAAAAGAAUCGAAAGGACAGAAUGAUACUGCUAAAGUUAGAGCAAGAGAUUCUAGACUUCAUCAAUGACAACAAUAACCAGUUCAAGAAGUUCCCUCAGAUGACCUCAUAUCACCGGAAGCUAUUACACCGGGUAGCUGCCUAUUUUGGGAUGGACCACAAUGUUGAUCAAACAGGGAAAGCUGUCAUCAUCCGAAAAACCAGCAGAACAAGGAUCCCUGAACAGAGGUUCUCAGAAUAUAUAAAAGAUGAGAAGAACACAGAAUUUCAACAGAGACUCAUUCUCAAGAGAGAUGAUGCCAGUAUGGACCAAGAUGAUAAGCAGAGGAGAGUUCCAUUGCAGGAUGGAAGGAGGAGCAAGUCAAUAGGUGAGAGAGAGGAGGAAUAUCAAAGGGUCCAAGAGAGAAUAUUUGCUCAAGGGACUAGCCAGAAUGAACAUCUAAAUGACAUCAAGGGAAACCAGGAAGGGGUGAGCUGCACCUCAGUCAGCCUACAGGACAAGACGAACAGGGAACUCAAAUUCCUGGAGUCAUGUCCUUGGAGUAGCAGUGACUCAGAUGGCUCUGUCCAAAGUAUGGGACCGAUUUUGACCAAAGCCAGCAGCUUCAGUGGAAUCUCCAUCCUCACCCGAGGUGACAGCAUUGGUAGCAGUAAAGGCAGCAGUUUAGGAGGGCUCUCCAGGCCAGGCAUGGCACUAGGUGCACCAGAAGUGUACACCCAGGUCACCUCACCUCAGUCUGACUGGGGCCUUCUUUCUUGCACUGCCCAGCAGCAGCAGCAGCAGCAGCAGCAGCAGCAGCAGCAGGAAGGGUGGCAGUGGCAGCAUCAGCAACAACUUUUUGGUCUCCAACCCACUCAACAACAGCCAUCCUUGAAUAAUCACAUAAUUUCACAGGCAGAAGACCUCAGCAACUGUUUUGGACAAAUGAGCCUUAGCUACCAAAGUUCUACUGAAGCAGCUGAACCAUCCUCAGUUUUGUUCCAGGCCCCACUUUUCUUCCAGCAUCCUCAGCAAGCUAGUUUCAUCAUGGCUUCUGAAGGACAAGCCUUUCCUACUUCCGGCUACACCACUUCUAGCCAUGCUCCACCUACCCAGCAAGUCCUGCCAUCCCAAGGCUACAUGCAGUCCCCUCAACAGAUCCAGGUUUCUUACUACUCUCCAGGACAGUAUCCUAGUUCGAACCCACAAUAUCAACCUCUGUCCCACCUGGUUUCCUGUAGCCCCCAAUAUGGUCAACAGCUUCCUCAAGCAUCCCAGCAGCCUGACUUACAGCCUAUGAUGUCUUACCAGCAGCAGACAGCUUACCAAGGCAUACUUGUGGACCAGCAACAUCAGAACCAGGGCCUAUUCUGCAACCAGAGGAGAAGUAUGGGAGGCCAGAUGCAAGGCCUGGUGGUUCAGUACACUCCACUGCUUUCUUACCAAGUCCCAGUGGGCAGUGACUCACAAAAUGUGAUCCAGCCACCUUUCCAGCAGCCCAUCCUGGUCCCUACCAGCCAGUGUGUGCCAGGAGGCAUGCCUGAUGCUACAUACAACAUGAUCCAAUCAGCACAGCAGAACAGUAUGAGCGCUUUUGUGGGUCUUCUACAGACUCCUGGCCCUGAGCAGUACCAGAUGCCUCAGUCUCCCUCUACAUGCAGCCCACAACAGAUGCCAAAACAGUACUCAGGAGUGUUACUUUCAGAACUAGGUGUGGUGGUCAUGCAACUGAAUUUCCCUAACAGACCCCAGUCCCUCCAGAAUUCAUCCAUCGUCUAUUGGAGUCACUGAAAAUACUACAGUGAGGACCAGCAUUGUCAGAGGCCUGGAGACUUGCACAGUCCCAAUGGUAACCCCCAGGCCAAUGCACAAAAGGUCAACAGCCCCUUCACAUCUUCUACCUAUGGAGAAGAGAGAAAUGAAAGCAACACCAAGGUGAUCAGUGAGUUGGGGACUUGCCACAUUGAAAAGUGA